AUGCUGGCGGCGUUGGCGUUAGCAAGCUGUGCACAUGGUCGUCCCGAAGUUCCUGAUGCAACGGCGUCCGCGUCGGCUGCGGUAUCAACACUGUCGUCGGUUAACGUGCGGCAGAUCCAAGCGACGCUCAAGGAAGCCCUUCCGCUGUACAGGAUGGCCGCGAAGUCGGCGCACAAGGAACACGGCCACGGCGGGAAACUUUCGGUCGUCCACCUGAUACUGAUCAUUGGAAAAGUGCUAGCGCCGCUCGUGGGCGCCAUCAUCGAACCACUGCUCGUCAACGUGGCCAAGGGCAUCACAUGGGCGAUCACGUACUCGUUGGCUACGGGAUUCGACAAGCCGCCCAGUUACGAGCACUUUGUACCAGCGUUAGAACACCACGGCGGUGGAGGCGACGACGAUGACGACGACAACGAGGGCGGUGUGGAAUACGAAUCGCACAAGCCGGUCAGUUAUUCGCUGAAAGAGCUCCCAGGACUGGCGUUACAGCUGACCAGCACGGUGCUUGCAGAUUCCGGUGCGGGCCAACAGGCACAGCAAGCCGAGGAAAUGGAAAAGGCCGAGAGGAAGCUCGUGGGCUUGCUGCUGCAAGGAAAUAAACCUGCACCGGUGCCGUUGGCGACCAGCUCAUGA